CACAAAGAGAAAGAGAGAGAUCCAAGAACAUGAACCACAAGGUGGAUGAUCAAAACAUGGGUUUUAUCUCUCAACUGUACCCUGAUGUCUACACUCAGAUAGUACCACAAGGUUUGUCUGAAAUUUCUAAGCCUUUUUCUUAAAAAAAAACUGAAAGAACCCAGAUUUAAUCGAUUUUUAUGCUUUGCGGGAGUGAGACAAGGUACGCUACCAGCUUUCCAUCUUACUACACCUCAUGAAACAAACUAUAGCGACAUCUUUUGCUUAUAGUUCCGAAGCUCGCCCGCUUUUCUUAUAAAUUACAAGUGGAGUUUUUGGUUAGUUUAUUUAUAAAUUCCAAAUUUUAUAUGGAAAGAAAUUAUACAAAUUCAAGUGGGGUUAUACACCUAUUUGAGUCUUCCCCAAAAAAAAAAUUCUCGACCAACACGCGUACACCUAAAGUAUUAAAUAUAAUCUACUUGCAUCUAAACACACAUCAAGAAGCUAAAAAAUAAAGAAAAAAAUCCAAAAUUUAAUUUAACAUGUUUCUGCUUGCCGAUUACUACUUUUUUAAUAAUUUUUGCUCGGUAGGAGAAGUGAAGCCACCCAAGCGAAGGAGGAAGAAGAGGAAAGUAGCGGUGGCCGCAGGAGAUGGAAGUAACUGCAUGCUUAGGAAGAGAAAGCUUACUGAUGAGCAAGUGAAAAUGUUGGAGAUGAGGUUUGGUGAUGAGCACAAGCUUGAGUCCGAAAGAAAAGAUAAAAUUGCGGCGGAGCUAGGGCUUGACCCUCGUCAAGUUGCCGUUUGGUUUCAAAACCGUCGUACGCGGUGGAAGAACAAAAGGCUCGAGGACGAGUACAACAAACUCAAAAACGCACAUGACAACGUGAUUCUCGACAAGUGCCGACUUGAGUCAGAGGUCCUUAAGCUCAAGGAACAUCUCUAUGAUGCAGAGAGGGAGAUCCAAAGAUUGGCAGAAAGAGUAGAAGGAUGCUCGAGCAACAGUCCAGUUUCUUCUUCGGUCUCCAUCCAACACAACGAAACACCGUUUUUUGGAGACUAUGAAGUCGAAGAAGACGGUGACGACUACGAUCACAUGGUUUAUCCGGUGCCGGAAAACACCUACAUUGAUCAUGGAGAGGAAUGGAUGAAUUACCAGCUUAAUAUAAUAUUUUAGUUGUAUCAGUUAGUGCCGUGAACUAGGAAUAUUAUUGAGUAAAUCAAAGACUGGCUGCUGAAUUUCUAAUAUACAAAUAAAUAUAACGCUGAUAUAUUUCACGCUAGUGUAAUUUGGCAAAUAUUGUAUCUAAGCAACAUUUUCUUAUGUAGUUAA